UCCAGUAGGUGGCGUGUUUACCAACACCAGAGAAGAAGAAGAAGAAGAAGUGACGUCGUUUUGGAGGCGAGGCUUAGGAAAAACAUGGCUGCCUCCUUCGAGUCGAGACGUUUUCCUCAAUUUUAAGUGUUUAAUAUUCACUUCUGAACGAUACUAUUUACCAUGGACAAGGUAGAGACAAUGGUGCCAUCUGCUGAAGAAAAAAGUAAGGAGGAGCAAGAGAUCGAGGAAAAGGAGGAAAAAGAAGCAGAAGAGGAAGAAGGAGAAGAUGACGCUGGAGGUGAGGAAGAAGUAAAAGAUGGAGAUGAUGAAGAACAGGAAGGUAGAGAUGAAAAGGAAGAAGAAAAAGAAGAAGCAGUGCCACAGGCUGCAGAUAAAAUUGAGAAAAAGAUUCCAUUGCCUGUUAAACCCAAAGAGAAAAAGAAGGAUGAGGUCCUGAACCUCAACAAUGAGGUGGUGAGGAUGAGGAAGGAGGUGAAGAGGGUGAGGGUUCUGAUCAUCAGGAAGCUGACGCGGCAGAUUGCCGCCCUGAAGAAGAAGAAGGGGAAAGAGAUGGAAAUUGAGAGGAAUCAGAGGAGAGCUGCCAGAAUGCUGGAGGACAUCCACGCCAUGAAAGUCCUCUCACCAGACCUGGUGACCAAGACAGCCUUGCAGAAGAGUCUCAACUUGGAACAGGUGUGUAAAAACCCCAAGUCUACUAUUUCCGACCGGGCUACAGCACGCAUCGCCACCCACCCUCAGUUCAACAAGAAGAUUGAGGACAUCAAAGCGGCUGUGAAAGCCUUCAAAGAGGAGCGGCUGAAGGGUGGAAAGCAGGGAGGGAAGGAAAAAAUGCUGAAUAAACCUGUGACGCUGACACCGCAGUCACCAGACAAAAGGGGGGAAAUUAGGUGUGAGAAAGAAGAGGAGGACAUUACAGUGGAGCAAAAGGAAAUCAUAGACAAUGAGGAGGGAGAUGGUAUCCUUAAAGACACUAAAGAUGCACCUGUUGCUGAACCUGAAAGGGAAACAGUGAAAGCAACUCCUUCAGCUGAUGCUGCUGAUAGUCAAAGGAAAGAAAUGCCAGAGGCUAAGAAUGUAAGACCAGCAUCAAUAAAAAGUAGUGAAGUAAAGGACAUUGUGAAAAAUAAACCUCAAAGCAAACAGGCAGAGAAGAAACCCUUAAAUCUUAAGUGUGCGUCUAAAGUGCUUCAGAAAGAGGAGGAUGAGGAAGAGAGCGAUUUAGAGGCAUCAGAUGAUGAAGAGAAAGAGUACUUUGAUGACAGCACAGAGGAACGUUUCAACAAGCAGUCCUCCCAUUCUGAGGAGAGCGACGACGACGGCUUUUUUGUUGGAAAAGUGAGCAAAUUCAAGAAGAAGAGGAAGCAGAAGAGUAUAGAAGCGGAGAAGGUCGAUAAGGGGAGUGAAGUGAAAAGUUCAGACCAGUUCCAGAGUGAACUUGAUGAGCUUGAGUCCAGGCUGAAGUCUAAAGGGACUUCGUUUCAGUCAGUUUUUUGUUCAUCCCUCUCUUCAUCUAAGCCUGCUGGGGGCAGAGGUGCAGGCAGAGGGAGAGGUGGGGAUAGAUUUAGGGGCCAAGGGAAACCAAUGGGUGGCAGUGGUUUAAAUAGAGAUUUUAGUAAACAAUCCAAGUUCCAAAAGCAGGAGAGAGGAGCAGAUAGAAAUCCAGGGUCCAAGUACAGCAAGCCCUACCUCGAGGGCCGACAUCCGGAGUCGUCAGAGAAGGGCUUUCCCUCUGUCAGCAGAGGGAGGGGGCGAGGCAGAGGCGAUGGUGUAAGGCAAAAUGAUCGCAGGGGUGGUGGUGCCUUUACCCAUCAAGCACCACAGCAGGCACUGCAUCCAUCCUGGGAGGCCAGUAAGAAAAGGAAGGAGCAGCAAGGACAAAUUAUGGCCUUUCAGGGGAAGAAGAUCAAGUUUGAUGACUGAAACUAUUGUUUUUGCUUGUUUAUUAAGGCUGAACACACAACUUGGGUUUAGUGUCUUUCAUGCCAUAUUUGGGUUAUCUGGCACACUAGUGAAGUGUAAAAGGCUGUCACUUAUUCUGUUGGAUGCUCAAUGUGUUGUGGUGUAAACUGCUUUUUCAUCCUCAUGGCUGAAGACAACAAACCUGGAGAUUUUUGUAUAAAACUUCAAGAGAAAUGUGUUCAAAUAUUUUUAUUCCUAAAUAUGAUCUAAUUCUAAACUGUGAAAUGCAUUACCUGGAUGUCAUUUUUUUCAUAAAAUAGGUUUACCUGUCAACAGCAUUUUGAGGGACAAUUAAUUUGUAAUAAUCCAGCUCUGUUAGAAAUGUAUAGGUGGGGAUUUAGGAAGUAAUAUUGUUAGUUUUUUUUUUAUUUAUAGACCUGUAUUGCAAUUUUCACUGCUUUGUCCAAAAUGGUGAUUAGGGCACAGUCAUUGUAUAUAUAGUACACAAUCUCUGAAAUUGAUGUAUGAUGAUUACCAUUUACAAGAUCUUAAACCAGAUGACUUUUCCCUGUUUUUGGAUUCAA